GCUGCUCUCCAUCUGUAAUAAACCGGUUCAAACUGUUCUGUCCCUGAGGUUUCCGCGAGGAGUUUGUGAUUAACAGCAAACGUGAUUCUGCGUCGGAUUACAGAUAACGCAAGCAGUAAAUUUGGAAUCCAGCUCUUCCAAGUAAUGGCAACCUACACUUGUAUCACUUGCCGUGUGGCUUUCAAGGAUGCUGACAUUCAGCGUGCCCAUUACAAAACUGACUGGCACAGAUACAACCUGAAGCGUAAGGUUGCUGACAUGCCUCCUGUGACUGCUGAGAAUUUCCAAGAGAGAGUCCUAGCGCAGAGAGCGGUAGCAGAGGAGCAGAACAAAAUCACUGCCACUUACUGCACAGUUUGCAGCAAGAGAUUCUCCACCUUCAAUGCCUACGAGAAUCACUUGAAGUCCAAGAAGCACCUGGAGUUGGAGAAGAAAGCUGUUCAAGCUGUCAGCAAGAAGGUGAAAAUAUUAAAUGAAAAGAACCUGGAAAAGGGACUGGCCCUGGAGAGUGUAAACAAAGAUGAAAUGAACGCAGCUAUUCAGCAAGCCAUCAGAGCUCAGCCAUCUUCAUCUCCAAAGAAGACACCUUUACCUCCUGGUAAUGCAAGCAGCUCCCCAGUUUCUACGGGAAGCGCCAGCUUAUCACAGAGUAGAGAACGAUGGGAAAAACCUCCACGGGUACAGUGGUUUGAACAGCAAGCAAAGAAGCUGGCCAAACAACAAGCAGAGGAAGAAGAGGAUAUGGAAGAAGACUGGGAAGAUAUGGAUUCUGAUGAAGACAUCGGCUCUGAAGAAGAGAUGGAAAGUGUGGGAGAAGAGGAGGAGGAGCAGGCGGAAGCUGAAAGCACUUCUGCUCUUGCGGCCAUACCAGUCACGGACUGCUUGUUCUGUCCCCACCAUUCAAGAUCUCUCACGAAAAAUGUGGCACACAUGACAAAAGUUCACAGUUUCUUUAUUCCAGACAUCGAGUACCUUGUGGAUCUCAGAGGACUAAUCAAGUACCUGGGAGAGAAGGUUGGUGUUGGGAAAAUCUGCAUCUGGUGCAAUGAAAAAGGAAAAUCCUUCUACUCUACAGAAGCAGUACAGGCUCACAUGAAUGAUAAAAGUCACUGCAAACUCUUCACAGAUGGAGAUGCUGCCCUGGAAUUUGCAGACUUCUAUGAUUUUAGGAGUAGUUACCCUGAUCACAAGGAUGGGGAAGAUGUGGAGGUGCCUGGAGAGCGCCCAGCAGAGAGAGAGUUAGAUUAUGAUGACGACACCAUGGAGCUCAUCCUUCCUUCAGGUGCAAGAGUGGGUCAUCGUUCUUUAAUGAGAUACUACAAGCAACGGUUUGGUCCGUCAAGAACAGUGGCUGUUGCGAAAAAUAAGAAAGCAGUGGGACGGGUGUUGCAGCAGUACAGAGCUUUGGGCUGGACAAAUCAAACAGGGACAGUCUUUGCUCAGCAGCACGAUAUGCAGUACCUGCAGAGGAUGAAGUCAAAGUGGAUGCUCAAGACAGGAAUGAGUAACAAUGCUACAAAGCAGAUGUAUUUCCGGGUGCAAGUCAGAUUCUGAGUUCCCAGGAGAGCUGCAUGCAACUGGUUUGGGGAAGGGGGAUUUAAUGGUUUCUGGGUCGAGGAUUCUGUUAUUAAAAUGGACUUGGUACCUAUCAAACGGGGAUGUGUAUGCUCGUGUGCCACCCUGUCUAUGAGAAGAAGAGCAGGGAGCUUGCCUCUUCCAGUGAAAUGAUGGUUGGCCUAACUUAAAAUGAUUAAACGGAGUAUGUGGCAAAGUAGUCAUGGCUAUGAAUAAAGAUGCAUGCAUAGU